UUGGACAAACACGUGGUCGUUUGCCAGAAUGCCAUGAAUUGGAAUGUGAUCGGUUCAUCAGUGCAUCUGUUCCACUUGUGUGAUUCAUCUGCAGUGUGUGACUGCCGGGGUGUCUGGGAGGGAGAGAAAAGACAGAGAGUGUGUGGGCUGCUCACAAACAAAAAGAAAAGACAGUGAACAGCAGCAGCAGUCUGGUGUUUGUGGAUCCUUGGCUAGAGGGCAGCAGCAUCAGCAUCAGUAUCAGCAUCAGCAGCAUCAGGAGGUGAACCAGGAUACAUCCCAGACCCAACUGCCCGAGCACCAUGGUCGCUGUGCGGCUCGUCGCUUGCCUGUCCCUGCUGGCGGGCUUGUCGCUCCAGGUGGACGUGAAAAGUGCGAAAGACGCGGGGAAAGCCGGGAAUUUCAUGGAAGACGAGCAAUGGCUGUCAACCAUCUCCCAGUACAGCCGCAAGCUCAAGCACUGGAACCGCUUCAGAGACGAAGUCGAGGAAAACACGGAGGAGAACACAGGAUCUGAUGAAACCAUGGACAUCACCAAGGACCCGUGCCAGAAUGUGAAGUGCAGCCGCCAUAAGAUGUGCGUCGCUCAGGGCUACCAGAGGGCCAUGUGUGUCAAUCGCAAGAAGCUCGAGCACAGAGUCAAACAGUCGGGACAUGAGGAGGCCGGUGAAAGCAGCUGCAAGCCCUGUCCUGUGGCGGCCUCCUCACCUGUGUGCGGCUCUGACGGACACAACUACGCCUCUGAGUGUAAGCUGGAGCAGCAGGCCUGCCUCACAGGCAAAGAACUGAACGUCAUGUGUGCUGGUUUCUGCCCAUGUGCCACAGCCUCUGUUACCGUCACGAACACUGACACCAAACGUGAGAGCUGCACUGGCCAGGACCUGGCAGACCUGGGCGACCGCCUGAGAGACUGGUUCCAACUCCUUCAUGGAAACGCCAAGCGGAAUAACUCUGGCAAGCUCGGAGCUGGCACCGCUUCAGUGCUGGACAAGAGCCUGGCGGCCAGCUGCAAGGACUCCAUCGGCUGGAUGUUCUCGAGGCUGGACACCAACAGCGACCUGUAUCUUGACCAGGCCGAGCUGGCCGCCAUCAACCUUGACAAGUACGAGGUCUGCAUCCGACCCUUCUUCAACUCCUGCGACAGCUACAAAGAUGGGAAGGUCUCCACGGCGGAGUGGUGCCUCUGCUUCUGGAGGGAAAAGCCACCGUGCCUCGCCGAGCUGGAGAGGAUCCAGGUGCAGGAGGCGGCCAAGAAGAAGCUGGGGAUGUACAUUCCAAGCUGUGACGAGGACGGCUACUAUAAGAAAGUGCAGUGUGACCAGAGCCGAGGGGAGUGCUGGUGUGUCGACCAGCAUGGUGGAGAGAUGAUGGGCACCCGAAUCCAUGGCAACCCCGACUGUGAUGAAGUGGCUGGAUACUCUGGAGAUUUUGGGAGCGGGGUGGGAUGGGAGGAUGAAGAGGAGAAGGAGGCGGAGGAGACCGGCGAGGAGGCGGAGGAGGAGGAAGAGGAGGAAGGCGAGGCUGACGACGGAGGAUACAUCUGGUAGGACUGUCAGCGGAGAGCAGAGUCUCAGCUGCGGGCCUGGAAAUCUACAGGGAUGGCUCUCUCCUUACGGCAAAAGAUUUUAGGAUUGGACUGUGGAGGAGGCAUGGAGUUAUGUAUCGUCCUGGUGGGAUGUAAUGUGUUACUGGGCAGGUCCAGUGAUGAGAUAAUGACCCGUUUUUUGUCUUAGAUAAGUGUAAUUGCUUCAUUCUCUUUUCUGUUUUCUUUCAAUGACAGAGCUUUUUGUUUUGCCGUCCUGAAAAGCAGGACCCACUGACUGCUGCGCCAUAGGUAGCUAAAGUCCAUCAGAGUUCCUAUCUUGUCCGACCGCCAUCUAUGCAUAUAGAGAUUACUAGUAAUUUUGUAUUGUGUCAACAAUUGCUUGAGUAUUAGAGCUGUCAUCCCACUGGAAUGACAAGAGAUCAGAAUUUAAAGGAACAGUUUGACAUUUUGGGAGCUUGUUCUCUCUCCAGCCGAGACUUAGAGGAGGAGAUUGAUAUCACACUUGUGUGGGGUAGGUUAGCUUAGUUUAGCACUGGGAUUAGAAAUAACAGUUGCCUCCCUGUGAAAAGUUGACAUUAAAUCUUUGGUCGGAGUCUGGCCCAUACACUUUCACAUCUGGAUUCAUUCCAGCUGUUACCUUCCAGUGUUGGUUGACAGCCAGGAAGAUUUUCUGUGUGUGUGUGUGUAUAUCAGUCCAAAAAGGAUUUUACUAUCUGGGCUGCUGACUGCAGAUUAAAAACUGCCCACUAAAACCUCUUAUAUGUUGUUUGUUGACUCUAUGAAACGUCAGUGCAAAGUUUUUAUGAAACAUUAUGUUGCGGACUAUCCAAGAAGUCUCCGUGCCAGGGAAAGAAACACUCCAGAACAUAACCCCCUGUAUAAGUGCUCACUGUUGUAAUAUAAAGUCUUGAGGUUUGCCAAUGCUCCCAGUCUUAUAUCUAUAUAAUAACAGUGCAUUAAAUUGCACUAUGGGAACAAUGUGACAGUAUUGCUCAUUCAGACAAACCUACAAUUUCAAAUUAAAUCCUUUAAGAUCCUUUAAAAGUAAAUCUGCUGCUUUGAUUCACGGCUUCACGCACACUAACGUCGCAAUAGCAUCUUUUUCCUCCACAGCACUGAAUGCUACCUCCUCAGACACGAUCAGCAACAAGCAUUCGCAGGUUAGAAGUCAGAUAUUUUUCUCAGGAGACGGUGGAGACCAAAACCAGAGCUAAAAAGUGAGUGAAUAUCGGAUUCAUAUUCAUCAGGUGAACAGAUACACGACUCCAGUUAAGAGGUAAUGUUUCUCUAUAGUUGCACAGUGUGUAAAUAAAUAACUGUGAUGAUGUCGUUUGUAUUUUGUCUUCAUGAGUCGUCGUUCUGCAAGUGGCCAAAAUACGGUGGCCCGAAAGUGCAAUUCACAAAACACAACAAAUCCGAAAACACAACAAGACGGUAAUUGCUAUCAACUAAGCUUGUUGCUGAUUGGACAGAUGCACUGUCCAUCUUUUUAAUUGGAAGGAAAUGAAUUUUUUUGUGUGAUUUGAAUUUGUGUUUUGUUAUUUUACAUUGGGGUUUGCACUUCAUGGCCACCGUACACCCCCCAAAAAAUGCUUAUUGUCGGUUUAAGUCAGCUGAUCAUGUGAAGUCAAUCUUCUCCUCUAACUCUCAGCAAACAGGCAAAUGAGCCCAGCUCUCCAAAAUGUUCCUUUAAAUCAGUUCAGUGCAACGUGUUGAGUAUUUCUGAACGGAUUCUGUACAUAGAUCCAGUGUCAUUUAUCUGUGAGGUGAGCUGCGAGGACUUCAGGUUACCAUGGUUUCAAGCCACCUUUAUGAUAAAGGUGCACCACAGCUCAUAGCAGUUUUUAAAUCGUUGAUGCGUUCUAGAAUUAAGUGGACACACACACACACACACACACAGCUACACAGGACCUAUAUUUCCAGUCGGAUUACUUUUAUUGAAAACCACAGAUCACUGUCCUCUGCUUCCUCAUGUCAAAGAAUGUGGCACAAUUACGUUUCAUUUGCAACUUGAAAAUCUGUAUUUUGUGUUUCUUCGGAAAAAAAAAAACGUGUGCAUUACUUGAAGUUCUGUGUGUAUACUUGAAUUCACAUUGUAUUUUUUUUCUUUCUAUGAGAAUAUCAUUGCCAUGUCUUCAUUCAUGCUAUCAAUGGGCCAGACGUUUGGUUGUUUUUAGUAUUGCAUGUUAGUAACAUAAAGAAUGUACUUCUAGGCUGAGCACUUUACUAAUAAAGGCACC